CUACGCGCCCAAGAGUUUGCGGCGCGAGCGGCGGGCUUUCCCGCAGGACCCGAGGGACCCGCGCAGCGGCCGCGGAGCCCCGAGACCCCGGCGGCAGCGGCGAGAGCAGCGCCUCCCGCCGCCGCCCGGGAGAAGCUCCCCGAGCCCGCCUGCCGCCCCGGCUCCCCGCGGCGGCGGGAGGCGCGUCUCCCCGGCCCAGUCGGUGCCCGGCCUGGCGGGGCCGCCCCGGCCCGCUCGGAGCAGGCCAAACUGCGUAGAAACUCUAAUGGACGAAGAUGAGAAGGAUAGAGCAAAGAGAGCCUCUCGAAACAAGUCUGAGAAGAAGCGUCGGGACCAGUUCAAUGUUCUCAUCAAAGAGCUUAGCUCCAUGCUCCCAGGCAACACUCGGAAAAUGGACAAAACCACUGUACUGGAGAAGGUCAUCGGAUUCUUGCAGAAACACAACGAAGUCUCAGCACAAACAGAAAUCUGUGACAUCCAGCAGGACUGGAAGCCUUCAUUCCUCAGUAAUGAAGAAUUCACCCAGCUGAUGUUGGAGGCAUUAGAUGGCUUCGUCAUUGUUGUGACAACAGACGGCAGCAUCAUCUAUGUGUCCGACAGUAUCACACCUCUACUUGGACAUUUACCGUCGGAUGUCAUGGAUCAGAACUUGUUAAAUUUCCUUCCAGAGCAAGAACAUUCCGAAGUUUAUAAAAUCCUUUCCUCCCAUAUGCUUGUGACGGAUUCCCCCUCCCCAGAAUUCCUAAAAUCUGACAACGAUUUAGAGUUUUAUUGCCAUCUUCUCAGAGGCAGCUUGAACCCAAAGGAAUUUCCAACUUACGAAUACAUAAAAUUUGUAGGAAAUUUUCGCUCUUACAACAAUGUGCCUAGCCCCUCCUGUAAUGGCUUUGACAACACCCUUUCAAGACCCUGCCGUGUGCCCCUAGGAAAGGAGGUCUGCUUCAUCGCCACCGUGCGCCUGGCAACCCCGCAGUUCUUAAAGGAAAUGUGUGUAGCUGACGAACCUUUAGAGGAAUUCACUUCGAGGCAUAGCUUGGAAUGGAAAUUUUUAUUUCUGGAUCACAGAGCCCCUCCAAUCAUAGGAUACCUGCCCUUUGAAGUACUUGGGACCUCAGGCUACGACUACUACCACAUUGAUGACCUGGAGCUCCUGGCCAGGUGCCACCAGCACCUGAUGCAGUUUGGCAAAGGGAAGUCGUGUUGUUACCGGUUUCUAACCAAAGGGCAACAGUGGAUUUGGUUGCAAACCCACUACUACAUCACCUACCACCAAUGGAACUCCAAGCCCGAGUUCAUCGUGUGCACCCACUCGGUGGUCAGUUAUGCAGAUGUCCGAGUGGAAAGGAGACAGGAGCUGGCUCUGGAAGACCCACCCACAGAGGCCAUGCACCCCUCUGCACUAAAGGAAAAGGACUCAAGCCUGGAGCCUGAGCAGCACUUUAAUGCACUUGACAUGGGCACCUCAGGUCUUACCAGCAGUCCUUCGCCAUCAGCAUCCUCGAGGAGUUCCCACAAGUCCUCACACACAGCCAUGUCAGAACCCACCUCCACUCCAACCAAGCUGAUGGGUGAGAACAGCACCACAGCUUUGCCAAGACCAGCCACCCUACCCCAGGAGUUACCAGUACAGGGGCUCAGCCAGGCAGCCACAAUGCCGGCUCCUCUGCAUUCCUCAUCCUCCUGCGACCUCACAAAGCAGCUCCUGCCUCAGACCCUGCCUCAGACCAUCUUACAGAGUCCACCUGCUCCCGUGACGCAGUUUUCAGCACAAUUCAGCAUGUUCCAGACCAUUAAAGACCAGCUGGAACAGAGGACACGGAUCCUGCAGGCCAACAUUCGGUGGCAGCAGGAAGAACUUCACAAGAUCCAGGAACAACUCUGCCUGGUCCAGGACUCCAACAUCCAGAUGUUUCUGCAGCAGCCAGCUGUGUCCCUGAGCUUCGGCAGUGCGCAGCGACCAGCAGCUCAGCAGGGGCUGCAGCAAAGGCCCGCUGCUGCGCCGUCUCAGCCCCAGCUCGUGGUCAACACUCCACUGCAGGGGCAGAUCACGUCCACCCAAGUCACAAACCAGCACCUGCUCAGAGAAGCGAAUGUGAUAUCCCCCCAGGGUCCAAAGCCAAUGAGAAGCCCCCAGCUGCUGCCUGCCAGCGGCCGUUCACUGAGCAGCCUGCCAUCCCAGUUCAGCAGUACAGCUUCUGUGCUCCCACCUGGCCUGAGCCUCACCACGGUUGCUCCCACCCCUCAGGAUGCCAGCCAGUGCCAGCCCAGCCCUGACUUCGGCCAUGAUCGGCAGCUCAGGCUGUUACUGAGCCAGCCCAUCCAGCCUAUGAUGCCUGGGUCCUGCGAUGCCAGGCAGCCCUCAGAAGUCAGCAGGACUGGACGGCAAGUCAAGUACACACAGAGCCAGGUGAUGUUUCCAAGUCCAGACUCACACCCCACCAGCAGUAGUGCCUCCACCCCGGUCCUGCUGAUGGGCCAGGCAGUGCUCCAUCCCAGCUUCCCUGCGUCCCGGCCAUCACCACUGCAGCCAGCACAGGCACAGCAGCAGCCACCACCCUAUCUACAGGCACCAACAUCUCUGCACAGUGAGCAGCCGGACUCGCUCCUUCUCUCCACCUUCUCCCAGCAGCCGGGAACCCUGGGUUAUGCAGCCACACAGCCAACACAGCCGCAACCCCCACGCCAUUCCCGCAGGGUCAGCCGGCUGUCAGAGUCCUAAGGUCUCCAGCAGCCAUCUCAGUAGUGCCCUGACACUGGAGUCCAGAUGCAACCAGCUUUAACCAAUGGAAAACGGGGUUGGCCGUGGGAGAUGGGAAGAAGCGUUUACGUGACUCUGUGACUCUGGCGCACCCUGUAUACAUUUCAGAACUCCUGAUGGUAACGUGUCUGGAGUGUGGCACUGGCAGAAUGGGGAAAGAACAGGAAUAUUGGCCAUGAUUCCCUUGCCCCAAGCUUCUCGGGCAUCCGCUACAGCCAUACCAGACAGGAACCAAGUGUCCCCGUGUGGGCGCCAAUUCCUGGUCUAUUUGUAGAGGUGGGUGGUACUUCUCACUGCCUCCAGGAGAGAGCGCUCUGGGUACUCUUACCAACUGACACAGGUCCCAAGCCCUAGCAGGCCUUCACUCUCUUGAUGGUCUUUCCUUUACAGUCAAGGACUAAGUUAAAGGUCUCUGGAGAGAGUAUAAAGAGAUUAUUUUUUAUUGUUUUUAAAUGGUUGUUUUUGUUUUAAUUUGCACACCUGUGCACAAGGGAAAUAACUUAGGCACUUUCGGGAUUUGUGUUUGUUUUGUGUUGUUUAAUAAGGUCCCAUGGCUUCAUUGGGAAUCCACGAUAACAAAAACAGCCCCACCAAUCAGAUAGUGAACAUUGUUAUUAAUGAAGCUGCAGAUCCACACUCUUGGCCUAAACCCUUGGAGACUGCGGCUCCCGGGCACCAUGCCUACCUAUCAGGGAGUAUUUUCCUUCCUAAACAGAACACUGGACUCUUCCUGUUAACUUCACUGAGAGUAACUACAAAGGUGGACUAAGAGCAAAGCACAAUCUCACAAUGAUUCCAGAAUUCCCUAGAGACCUCUUAGAGGGCACCAGGGCAGGCUGCAUCUCCCAGAAAACCAGGCACAUGUCGGCCAUCCUAGUGAGGCAGGCUGCCGCAACUUUCCACAUAUCUUCCCUGAUGAUUCCGAAGAUUGGAUUUUUCCUUUUCAGAAUGCACUUUGCUUUUUUUUUUUUCUGUAUGUUUUGUUAUGUCGAGGUGUUUCUAAAGAGAAGAUUUUAUGUAAUUAUAAGAGGAAGUGUAGUGAAUUGUACAGCUGUUGUAAUAAUGACCUAUUUCUAUAAAAAAAUAAAAUUGUACGGAUUAUGUGUAAA